AUGUUGCCUAUGAAAGCGUACGUCUUCCUCCUUCUCAAUGUCGUCCGACUUCUCUCCAUCGUCUUCCUCUGCUUGACAUUUGCAGGCAUCAUUGUCCUCAUGCGCAGCGAUGUCGAAGCAUUGCAUUCCUACAAUCAUGGGCUCGACGACGAGGACCUGCAGGGAUGCGAAUACGUCCCCGAUAGCGACAUCCCCCUCUCGACCUGGGGCAUCUUUUGGCUCUUUCUCGACCGGACUAUCCUUUUGGCUGCCUGUCUCGUCGGCGCUCUUUGUGAGAUGACACUGGGUCGGUGGCAUGCCAGACUAGUCUCCAAGCACCUUUCCUUCCUCGGCUCAUCGCACGGUACGGCGCCGCUCGGCUUCAUGCAAGCCUUUAUCGCCGUCAGUCUACUUGCGCACUUCCAGGACGGUUUCCCACUCGUCGCCUUCUGGCUCCUCUUCUGGAUAGGCGUGAUCAAUGUCCUCCUCGGUCUCGUCUUUGGACCACGCGGCAAAAAGGCAAGGUCCCUGGUCCGCAAGCGUCGAGACGAAGCGGAGAGCACCAGACGCGGGUGCGCCAGGCUGCUCAGCGCUGCCAAGCGAGGCAACGAUGGCGUCAGCGGCGGCGGCGACAUGCUCGAAAAGGGCCUCAUGCGCUCAUCGGAGGGCAAGCGAGGAAGCGGGAUCGGAAGCGUCAAGCGCAGACCGUCUGGGAAGCAAGUCGUUGAGCGUCUCGCCAGCAUCCAGCUCCGUGAUGCCUCGCUGGGUGGGGCGACGGGACCGCGGAGAAGCGAAAGCAUGAGUAGCAGCGUCAACUUCAACCUCGACCGCUCCAAGUCUCGGUCCAGGGCCUAUGGAGCCGUCACACUCGACCGGGGCCCCUCGGUCCUGAGCAGGUCCGCCUCGCACUCGAAGGACGCGACCGUGCAGCCCAUCUCGUCUGUCCUCCAGGCAUUCUCGGGAGGCAUCCCCGACGAGACAACGCGAAACGAGCUGCUGCGGCGGCGAGCACGCGAGGAAAACGAGCGCAUCGAGCAUGAGAUGGAGGAGAGGGAGAAGCAGCGGCGGAUGAAGGAGCUUCGUCGCCAGAUUGGGCUCUCGCAGACGUCGACGAGUGCUGGUGGGAUCAACGAGAACUUUCGGUGGGAUGCCAGAAACAGCGUGCCGGUUGAAAAGGCUCCGGAAGCCGAAGACCAUACGCACUCAGCUGACGCCAUCCAACAACUCAUCGAGAGAGGUCAACGAGGCGCAGCCUACGAUCUGUCCACUCCCAACACGCCAACGAGACGGUCGAGAGUCGUGGAUGCGGACAAGACGCCGCAGGAAACGAGAAGGGGCAAGGCGAGAAAGUCGCUCGUGCUAGCCAAGAAGUCCUUUGCAGACUGGCGCAGGCGAGCAUCGUCGUCGUCGAGCGCACAUAACCAGGCGCUGCGGAAGCGCAUCAAACGGUACUCAAAGCCGAUGCCGGGCCACGAUGAGCAGGGGCAGAAGUGGCAGGUCGUCCAUGAAGAUCGACUGGAGCUGCCGCGUAGGCCCGACGUGGCGCACCAGAGACUGCCGACCGAGGACGACGGCCCGUGGCUGCCCGUUGCUGACCGCUUCGCCUAUGCGCCCCACGACCCCUGGCGCGAGGGAUGA